AUGGCAUCCCCUUCUUCAUCUUCCUCCUCCUAUAAUCCACCUUCAUCUCCUCACUCACACACAAUUCCGUUACCCGAUCCAACGAUCAAUCACUUACUAUCCAUACCACCACUGCUUAAUGAGAUAUCACCUUCUCUAGCCGCACUUCACAUGGCAAGAUUAAGAUUGAUAUUGGCCAUCCCUGCUGCGAGGAAUAACACAUCUCACUUAGGUGGCUGGUGUAAUCUAUGUGGUGGAUUACGUCUUUCUCAAGGUGGAGCCGAAUCUAAUAUUGGAAGUGGAAGUGGAAGUGGAAGUGGUGGUGGAAGUGGAUCCGAAGUUGAUAAAUUACGAAAAUCAGAUAUACCUACUUUUAUCAAGAAACAAAUAUACACGAAUAAAAGGAAAUUAUCUUAUAGGAAUGCGAUCUGUGGAACGUGUGGUGAAAAAUACCAAAAACCAAUUCCGAAUAGAGAAACAUUAAAUUCAUUUCCACCUUCAAGGAGAUUAAGAAGGAUUAAUAGAAAAGAUCAAGAUUGGAUUUCAUCUACAAAGGAUGUUGACGUUGACGUUGAUAUAGAUCAAGAGAAGAUGAAAAUCCAACAUACCAAAUCAGACAAACAAGAUAAACAAGAUCAACAAGGUAAACAAGAUAAACAAGAUCAACAAGGUAAACAAGAUAAACAAAAGGAUCAUUUAACAGAAUCAUCAGAGAUUGGAUCAAAUCACAAUCCCGAUAUCACCUCAAUCAGUCACUCGUCUUCUGGAGUUAUUUCCUCAAUUGACCCGAAUACAGAUAUCAUAAUGGAACCCACCCCCCUUGCUCCUCCUCCGAAACUGUUAACAAGACCAUCCCUCUCACAUAUCCCAAAUUCAUCGCCCAACUUGCCUACUUAUCCUCAACCACCACCAACUCACCAACCGUCCUCAUCUAAUUUGACAGCAAAGAAAACUUCCGGAGGCGGAGUGGUGAAGAGGAAAAAGAAGUCUGGUUUAGCUAAAUUACUAGCUGAGAAUAAGGAGAGGGAGAUGGUCAGUCAGGGUUCAGGUGGUAUGUGGGGUCUGGGAUAG